UAUCCUUUCAUACUUUUAGUUCUUUGCUGUGUGCUGUGGUCACCGAUUCAGGCACAAUCUGAGCGUGAAUAUUGUGAGCGUAUAUAUCGGAAUUGUCUGUUUCAUACGCCUAGAUUGGGGCGAUUUGAUGAGACUAUCAAUUCAUAUAAUCGCUAUUGCGAUCGUGAGUCUCGUGGACGUUGGACUUAUGUGACGCGUUGUCAAAUGGAAAAGGCUACUUGCCUAUUGACUCUGACGCGCUGUGCUGAUAUUUCCUGCCAUAAUAUAGCUAACGUUUUGGAUUUGGUUUAA